UUCAAUGGGCCUGAUCCAGAAGGUCCUUAGUUUUGAAGUGGGAAGCAUGUUUCAAAGUAAAAGCUCUGCAAAAUAUCUUCUCUCUGGCUUCCUGCUCUCUGCCACUAGUCAUCCUUGCCAGUAUGUUUACACUUCCCCUCGCCUGCGGUCGUUUUAUCAGGCAAUGUGUUUGUUCUGUGUCUAGUAUAAAGUAAGCGAGUAAGCGAGGUUUUCACACACACAGGUCCUGCACACAUGCAGCGUGCUCAGGAUGACACGGACAAGUACAGUAUUGAGCAUUUUCGUCUUGUUUCUUCGUACCACUUUUGGGGAAAGUGGUUGCACUUCAGCAGAUGGUGAUGGGACCUUUGAAGAUGACGAACCAGGCAACUUUGACGUUGACUGCUUCAGCCAGCUGGAAUUUAAGGAUUCCUACAGCAGCCUGACCUGCAAUUUUACAGAGAUGCCUCCUCACAACACUAACUAUACCCUGGCUGUGUGUACCAAAGAAGACAGCAAUUAUGUGUGUUUCAAUAUGGAGAAACGGGACGACGUGUAUUUCUUACAAUUCACCGAUAUACUCUCAAAUAAAGAUAUUUGCAUAGAAUAUGAGAUAAAGAGAAGAGUCUGCAGGAGUCUGUUUGUCACUGACAUUGUUAAACCUGAGGUACCAUUCAAUAUCAACAUCACAUAUCAAAAGGAGGCAAAUGAGUAUCUUAUUCACUAUAGUACACCGCAUUCAUGGAAGAAAUACUUAAAGGACAAAUUAAUACACCAAAUAGCCUAUCGGCAGGGAGAAGGUCCUUGGAAGACAAUAGAAUCGCCAUACCUUCAGGUAAAGUUACUGGGGAAAUACCUCGAAACAGAUGCCUCUUACGAGGUGAAAGUUCGCUCGCAGCCCAACGGGGAUUAUUUUAAGGGCACGUGGAGUGAAUGGAGCAUCUCCAAGACCUUCAGGACUGCAGGAGAGCACUCCGCAGAGAGAUAUAACAGCAUGUUCGUGAUUAUGCUCUGCAUCCCUGGUAUCAUUCUGUCAGUUGUCGUGAUUGUCCUGAUCCUGAGUUUUUGGGAAAGCAGGAUCAAGCCAGCUAUGUGGCCAAACCUUCCUGAUCAUAAAAAAACUCUGGAGCAACUGUGCAAGAAACCAAAAAAUAAUUUUGAUAUAAGCUUUAACCCAGAGAGUUUCGGUUACGUUUUUAUCCAUAAAGUGGACGGCAUUCGAGCAAAAGCUGAACAGGAAAGUUUUCUGCAGCCACCAACUGCUCCAGAGACAAAUGUUCCAGCAAAGGUUCGGAGUGCAUCAGACCUGAAGAGGAGCCCUGCAAGGACAGACAAAAGCAACCUAAACCUGUCCAUAAGUUACGGAGGAGUCUGGUCCUCAGAAGCCCUGCAUGGACUCCUGGGAAGCAACCAGUCUGCUGACACUGAAGGCGUCUGUGGAUCCAGCAUGUAUGAGGUGUGCCACAGCAGCGGGGUGCCCCUGUGUGACCAGGGUACUGACUUUCCCUCUGCUCCUCCCCUGGAUCCCUCAGACCAACCUGGACCAGAGCCCCUGGAAGGUGACAUGGUAUCCCAGAUGCCACCUAGCAGUGAACUGAGGUCACCAAACAAUGAAGAAGCCUAUGUCACCAUGUCUAGCUUUUACAAAAAUCAGUAGAUCUUACAGACAUGACAGAAUGCUGU